AUGAAUCCCUUGACUUGCCUCCUCUCCCUCAUCAGCCUCUGCCUCAUCUUAGUCGAGCCAGUCCUCGGCGCGAAAUCGACUGCGACGUCGUUUUGCAAAUGCAUCUGCUUCAACAACAGCACGAUCAUUGCGCUGAACCCACCGCCUUCUUCGACGAGCGCCUCCGCCGCGCAUAACCUGGCCAUCCGAUCUCCCCACGCACUGGCAGCGGAAACCUCUGCAGAUUCCAGCGACGACUCCGACGGAGGGAACGGGCCCGCGGCUCCCUCGCACCCACACCGUAAACUUGCCUGCGCCGACUGCACGCGGGCGUUUUGUCUCGAUUACAACCUGCCGAUCUGCAAGGACGCGCGGGAAGAAGAUGUCUUUACGACCUGUUUCCUCGUCGUUAUAUUUGUCUUCGCCACAGCCGGUCUGUUGGCCUGGGCCGUGGUGAAGCCCUGGAUCGAUCGAGUGAGGGAAAGAAACACAUUUGUGCCGCUGCUGCAGCACGACCGAGGAACGGGCGGCUCGCGACACUAUACUUCUACUAGUCCACGCGGGCAAAGAAAUUCCAGAGGGACUCCUCGCGCCGGUGGCCUCGGGGUCGGCACAAGAGGAGGGGAACCGGGUGAAGAGGACGACGGUCUUGCCGGCGGGAGUGGACACGGUGACAGUAAUGGCAAGCGACCACAACGAGGUGGUGGCCGAGAUGUUGGACAAUCUUCCACUGCCCACGCCCACGCCCACACCACUUACGAUGACGAGAACAUGCACGCCGACCAAGAUGCAAUGGACAUAGUCUCCAGCAUGCCAUCAGGAUCCGGCUCCGGCUCUCGCCCUUGA